UAUUUCUAUUUACCUAUUUGUUGUGACAUUGACUUUGACAUUUGUUUUUGUGAUGUUUUAUUUCGUUUUAUAAUCUAAUUUUAUUAUUUAAUUAAUUUUAAGAGUUCCUACACCAAUCAAAAAUGCAUAGAUCUGCGUUAACUACUAGUAUAAAGCAGUUUGCCCGUCAGAUAGUGUAUGUUCCAAAACAUAAACCACCAAACCAUGAAGACUUUGAGGUUCUCAAAGAUUUUCUGUCAAAGUACAAAAAUAUUCUUAUCGUUACUGGAGCUGGUAUUUCCACGGAAUCUGGAAUUCCAGACUACAGAUCAGAAGAGGUUGGUUUAUAUGCUCGCAGCAACCACAAGCCCAUACAAUACCAAGAGUUUGUGAAGUAUCCUAAAGUCAGACAGAGGUACUGGGCGAGGAACUUCGUAGGAUGGCCAAGGUUUAGUGCCGUCCAGCCAAAUAAUACUCAUUUGGCUAUUAGGGAGUUAGAAAAGAUGGGAAAGGUAACUUCAAUUGUCACACAAAAUGUUGACCGUCUGCAUCACAAGGCUGGCUCAGAAAACGUGAUAGAACUCCAUGGCACAGGGUACAUAGUGAAAUGUCUGAAGUGCCCUUAUGAAAUAAGUAGGGAAGAACUACAGGUGGAACUUAUGAAGAAUAACCAAUACAUGGAAAGUAGUUUCACCAUGAUAAGGCCUGACGGUGAUGUGGACUUACCUAGAGAACAAGUUGACAAGUUCAGGUCACCUCUAUGCCCUAAAUGUGAAGGUCCCUUGAAACCAGACAUUGUGUUUUUCGGAGACAACGUCCCAAAGGAAAGGGUAGAUAAAGUCAGAAGUGAAGUGUCCUCCAGUGAUGCAGUGUUUGUCCUGGGUUCUAGUCUAACAGUUUAUUCAAGUUAUAGAAUCAUUUUACAGGCUAAAGAGGAACAUAAGAAAGUAGCUGUACUAAAUAUAGGCCCUACUAGAGCUGAUGAUAUUGUUGAUAUCAAGGUAUCUACCAAGUGUGGUGAUAUUCUACCGGAGUUAUGUAACAGUAUAGGCAAAACCCUUAGUUGAGAAAUAGUACCUGAUUGAAUUAUAUUGUGAUGUGAUCUUACUACCUCAUAAGUGUUACUUUUGUUGAAUUAGUUUUAUUGAUUUAUGUUUUAUAAAUAA